CGCCUUUCCCCAGGCGAGUCAGCUCCUUCCACUGCGUGCGGCGCUGCGCCGAGGAGCCGGGCGGGCAUGGAGCGGGGCGGCCGGCGGCUGCUGCUGCUGCUGCUUCUGGCGGCGGCCGCGGCCGCGCAGUACGAGGAGUACAGCUUCCGCGGGUUCCCGCGCUCCGAGCUGGUGCCGCUGCACAGCGCCUACGCCGCGGCGCUGGAGCAGUACGAGGGGGAGCGCUGGAAGGAGAGCGCCCGCGGGCUGGAGGCCAGCCUGCGCCUGCACCGCCUGCUGCGGGACAGCGAGGCGCACUGCCACCGGGAGUGCGCGGGGGGCGGCGCGCAGCCCGCGGCCGCGCAGCAGGAGCAGGAGGAGGAGGAGUGGGGCCGGGAGCUGGAGCUCUUCGGGCACGUUCUGCAGCGCGCCGCCUGCCUGCGGAGCUGCAAGCGCGGCCUGCCCGUCUUCCAGCUCCGCUACCCCCCGGCCGAGACCCUGCGCGACUUCCAGCGCCGCGCACCCUACCAGUACCUGCACUACGCGCUCUUCAAGGCUAAUAAGGUGGAGAAAGCCGUGUCUGCCGCUCACACCUUCCUGCAGAAGAAUCCCAAGCACGAGAUGACGCUGAAGUACCUGAACUAUUACAGAACCAUGCUGGACGUGGACGAGUUCCUCGUGGACUUGGAGGCCCAGCCCUACGAAACGGCGUUCGUGCGCUCUGUGAAGCUGUAUAACAGUGGGGAUUUCCGGAGCAGCAUCGCAGACAUGGAGCAUGCGCUGGCGGAGUAUUACAAAGCCUACGAGAACUGCCUGGCCGGCUGCGAGGGCGCCUACGAGCUGCGGGAGUUCAAGGACUUCUACCCGGCUAUUGCAGAUCACUUCGUGGACGUGCUGCAGUGCAAGGUGGACUGCGAGGCCGACCUGACGCCCAACGUGGGCGGGUACUUUGUGGAGAAGUUUGUGGCCACCAUGUACCACUACCUGCAGUUUGCCUAUUACAAGCUGAACGACGUGAAGAACGCGGUGCAGAGCGUCUCCAGCUACAUGCUCUUUGACCCGGCGGACGAGGUGAUGCAGCAGAACCUGGUUUAUUAUCGGUUCUACCGCGAGCGCUGGCACCUGGAGGACGACGACUUCAGUCCCCGCCCGGAGGCGCUGCAGUAUCACAACCAGACGGCCGUGCAGAAGAAGUUGCUGGACUUUGCCAAGCAGUAUCUGCAGGCUGACGACGAGAUGGAGCUGGCUGCGGGCGCGGAGCCGGACGGGCGGGACCUGCCCGCGGACAGCGAGUUUGAAGGCCAAGGCGACUACGAGGAGGGAUUUUUCGCUGAGUGGUGGCAGGAGCCCAAGUCCAAAGGGGACAAAGCCGACCAAGAGAGGAUCCGAUGAGCAGCAUUCACAGGGGCCGAGUGGCAUCUGCAGCCGGGUCUCUGCCCCGACAGCCCUUCAGCCCCAUCAUCUCACCUGGGUCUAGGCCAAAGGGGCCGGGGGGCUGAUGGCCCCAAAUAACCUCUCCCUGUGGGAGCUGGGGGGCGAGGCCCACCCCGGGAGCAGGACGUGGGGCUCCCCCAGGCUCUGCCAUGUAUAAACACAGGCGUGCCCGGGGAUCCCAACCGGCCGGGACUUUUCUGCCUUUGCCUUUUGUGCCUAAACUUUCUUAAAUAAUUCAUGGACCCCUCGAUCCCAUUGGCUGAGCUCCGGCACCUCUGAACCAAUCCAAGCGUCGCCUGCUCUUCCCAUGAGGCCUCACUUCACAGUACUUGAAUAAGAGCCCCCCCGCCCCCCCGCUAACUUGUGAGAACCUCAGGACCAGCCCCUGCUGAGCUGGGCCCCCUGGCUGGAUAACGAGGCUCCUUGGGGUGGGGUGGGGCGGGGCGGGGGUGAAUGGGAAAUGGCCCCUCUGGGUCACUAACACACAUGCGGGGUGAAGACCUUGUGGCUCUCUGAACUAUCGCUCCCGUUGUGUCGUCCCCCUGCUGUGCCUGGAGGAGAAAAUUCCCCCUGUGGUUCGGGGGCAGUUGGGAACCUUCGCUGCAGCCAUUUGGGAUCUGCCUGUAACCUUCCCCACGGCUGGCAGUCUUGCAGGGGAGGGGCAGAUGGGGACGGACAUGGUUUCAGUUGUCUUGAUCCGUUUCUGGUGGUGGAGGGGACGGUGAGGCUCAGACACAGUGGGCAGGGGCUGGGCAAAUCCCCUUCUCUCCCCAUCUAUCCUAGUCCAGCCCCCUGCUGGCCCAGUCCUACCCCAGCCCCCAGUGCCCCUCCACCCUGAGCUGCAGCCCCCUGGCGUUCCAGCCCUGGGUUUUUGUCCGGCACACCACUGAACAGUGCCUUGUGCAGUGGUGGUUACGGUGUGUGUAAAUCUCUCAGCAGUUCAGGGCCUAUGGAGGAGCCCCACUAAACUCGUUCCCGAGCUACAUUGGAGCGGUGGCUGCUUGCAUGGCGAGGGAGGCAGCUGCCCCCUGGUCCAGGGGCUGCACAUUAGCUGCAGCUGGCAGCCUGUGGCGCUGGGGCUGCCUGGUGGCACUCGGCCACCCCGAGUGCUUUGGCGUCUCUCGCGAGACCAGCCCUUGGUGAGGUUAUUCUCCAUUAAUUUAAUGGUUCCUGCCUUGGACGAUUCCUUUUUAUAUUUGUGCUAAACUUUAAUAAAAUCCGGAUGGGUCCUUUC